AUGGUGAACGAAACAAUAAUAACCGAGUUUAUACUCUUGGGACUUUCCAGUGACCCACAUCUACAGAUUUUUCUCUUUUUGUUGUUUCUAAUAAUAUUUUCAAUGACAUUAUUAGGAAAUGCAAUAAUUAUUGUAGUGACUAGGAUGGAGGCUGGUCUUCAGACCCCCAUGUUCUUUUUCCUCAGCCAUUUAGCCUUUGUUGACAUCUGCUAUUCCUCCGUUACUCUUCCCAAGAUGCUGGAAAACUUCCUUGCAAAGAACAAAACCAUUUCCCAGAAAGGAUGCAUUGCUCAGAUCUUUUUCUUUUUCCAGUCUGCAUGUGCUGAGGUUUUCAUUCUCUCAGCAAUGGCUUAUGACCGCUACGUUGCUAUCUGUCAUCCACUGCAUUAUUCAGCUAUCAUGAAAAAAACCAUCUGCAGACAGCUGGUGGGUGGAGCGUGGUCAAUGGGUUUUUUAUAUGCGAUGGUGAACACAUUACCACUGGCGAAUGUACAUUUUUGUGGGAACAAUACAAUUAGCCAUUAUAGCUGUGAACUUCCUUCUCUCUUGCCAUUGUCUUGCAGUAGCCCCCUUCCCAAUUAUGUUGUGCUUCUCAUCUCUGUAUUAGUAUUUGGAUUAAGCUCCUUCCUCCUCACCCUCAUCUCUUAUAUUUACAUCAUAUCCACCAUCCUGAAAAUCCAAUCAGCAGAAGGCAGAAGCAAAGCCUUCUCUACCUGCAGCUCCCAUCUCAUUGUGGUUGGCUUAUUUUAUACUGCAGCUUUUUUUCGGUACACGAAGCCCAGUUCUGACUCUCUUGUAGAUCUGGACAAGCUGGUUUCAAUCCAGUAUAGCAUCUUAACACCCCUGUUAAACCCUAUCAUAUAUAGCCUGAAAAACAGUGAAAUUAAGACUGCUUUAGGGAAAAGAUUAGGAAAGUUCAGGGUUUUUAAAUGA